AUGGCGAAACUCAAGGCACAUGAAGAACUCUCCACUAAUGCGAAUACUAUCAAAGCUCGCAACUGCGUCUCCAACCUUACUGAAGAUGAGAAGGCUGUUCACUUAGCACUCAAGGCUGACCAUGCUGAUCUGAGCUACUACUUAAAGAAGUUAUAUAAGUCUGCAAAGUACAAGACACGUCUACAGAAUGAAUUGAAGGUUGAGCGUAUUUGUGUUCGGACUGAGAAGGCGCGAGAUAUUUUAAAUGACGAGGCUGUUCUACCAGAUGAGCUUUCCGAUGAAGAGAUCACUAGCACCCAGGCUCUCUUAACUCAAGCGCACAUUGAUGCCCAUGAAGAGUCCAAUUUCCGCAAGUGGCAACAUUUCUGGGAUAGCUGUAUCCACUCAUAUACGAGAAAGGCUGGAAAGCUGAGAAAGAAGCCUGAGCAUCUCUUUGAGUAUAUGCCGUGGAUUGAUGUAGAGGAAGGUGCCUUCGCCUACCCCAUUACCAGCACGACCGUCAACUGCCGCUCAGGCCCCAGCACGAGCUAUACCGUAAAGAAAACCUACAAGAAGGGCGACAGUGUCACGAUCAGCUGCCAGAGCGAAGGACUCGUCAUCAGCGGAAACAGCAUAUGGGACAAGACCACCGACGGCUGCUACGUCGCCGACUACUAUGUCAAGACCGGCACCAACGGAUACGUGAAGCCCAACCAAUGCGGCCCCGAGGACAAAUGGCACUACUUCAAGUGCCAAUGCACCAGCUUCGUCGCCUGGCGCAUCAACGAGCGCCUCGGUAUCAAGUUUCAUAAUCAGUACAAGGGUACCAACUGGGGAAACGUGAACAGUUGGGAUGAGGCCGCACGCAAGACUGGCGUCCAUGUUGACAACAACCCCGUCCCUGGAUGUAUUGCACAGAGCAAUGCUGGAUCUGCUGGCCACGUCUUACCAAGGUCUCUGGUAACACUGUGA